UAACAAGUCAAAUUGAUGAUGAUUGAUUGAAGACCACGACAGAAGACGAUGGCUCCCGUGAAAGAGAUUCGAGGUCCCUACUUGGUUGGGGCCAUAAUAGGUGGAGCUUUGUUAUUUGUGGUUCCUGCUGCUGUCGUACCCAUAUUUUCUCGUCGAAAUAAGAGAAAUUGGCAACAGUACAGACAAGAAAGACUGGAAGAAGAAAGAACUCGUCGACUCGAAGGGGAGAAAAAUAUAUCAGGUACCGGACAAGAAAAUACCAUUGAGUAGAUAAGUUCAGGAUAGAUAAUACUAGUUGCAAGAAUAGGAAGUUGGAUAAAUGUUUUAGAUAUCAAGUAAAUUUCUCGUUUCUUUGUAAGUUUCAGCUCCGUUAAGAAAUUGCCUAAGCAUUUU